AUGUCUGAGGAAGAUUUCAACAAACAUUAUUUCGAGCACUCUGGUACUUAUGCUCCUGAUGGUGCCUGGUUACAAUACUACCAACAGUGGACUGCUUACUAUCAAUCCCUUGCUCAACCAGGUGUUCAAGAAGAAAAUCAAACAGAUGUGUCCCAACAUCAGCCUCAGCGGGAGCAGCAGGAAGAGCCUCAUUGGGAUGGGCAAACACAGCAAGUACCCAACCAUGAUCCUAACCAAACUCAUCCGUCAUACCAAGGGCAAGGCGAUGAAAUUCCUCAAGUCAAUAUGAAUUCAAGGGAACGGUUUGAUUCCCAAUCAUCGAACAGAGCUAGGCGUGAAUCUUAUGGGCAGCAAAUCGAUCCUUCGAAUAGAGAAAGGCAUGAAUCGUUUGGUCAACAGAUUGAUCCUUCAAACAAAGUCAGGCACGAUUCAGCAGGUCAGCUGGUUGAUAACCAUGAGCAGAAAGCUCAUAACUCUGGGAGCUUUAGUCAUCAACCAGAACCACUUCCCGACCAUUCUUUCUUCAACAACGUUGGAACAGCUCAUCAAUCUACUCCUACUAUAAAUGGUAAUCCUGCUGGAUUCUUUGAUCAAGUUCCUGCCACCGAUAACUUUGCACAGCAGAAUGCUUCCUUUGAUCAAGUUUCACAAUUACAACCUGGAAAUAAUAUGAACAGCAUGACUCCGUUUGAUUUCAACCAGCCUAUUCAAGAACCUCCAGUAUCCCUAGCGAAUCCUGACAAUCCGUUCCAAAAAGAACGAGAUUCAACAACGCCCUUAUGGGAGAAAAAAGAUCUCAACCUUGGAUCAGAGCAACAGUUCGCUCCUCCAACUAACCAUCACCAUGCUACAUCACCUCCAAGCAACCAUGGAAGUAAUGAAAACACUCCCAGAUCCAGACACUCCAGUACCACUGUAACAGGUGAACUGCCUUAUGGGAUAGCUACUGAAAGGGCAAGGACUUCAAGCUCAACAUCCAAGUCAUUGGUAUCGGAGCCGAGGUCUAGGACUACAAGUGCUAACAUUAUGACAGAACCUCCACCCCAGGAAUGUGUGCAGCCUCCACCUCAAUUCAAUGACUUCACAGCAGAAGUUACAGUACCUCCACCUCCUCCCAUGUUCACCCAAAAUGCUCCAUCAGCUUUUGCUCCAGUGGGAAAGAGGAAAAACAAUAGGGUUGGCCUCCAGGAGAAUGCUUAUCUUGAAAAACCUGUGGAGGAUAAUAACCCUAGUAAAUCUCCUGAGGCGGAAUUUAUGCUUGGGCCUCCAUCUCGAGAUUCAGUAGCUAGCAGUAACCCUCAGACUCAAGCAUCAGAGCAGGCUCCCCAACCUCAGGAUGUGUACCCCAGUGAAGCUCCUCCGAUGUUUGCAACUCAACCAUCUAGUUUUCAAGCUUUCCCUCCUGUCUCUGCACCCACUGGACAGAUGCCUUAUCAAUCACCUCCAAACCCUUCAUUCACUCAACAACCUUUUGAAAAAGCUGAUUAUCCACCACCUGCUAACUCCCACAUACCACUAGGGCAAAUGGCUGUUUCUCCUCCUCAAAACAACCUGCCACUACCGCCCUCAGAAAAUACGAUGCCUGAUGUAAAUACGAUGCCACCUUCGCAGCCAUCCACUGGUAUGGAAGCUUUCAUGCCUCCUCCCAUGUCAUCUUCCGGACGCACCGACACUCUUCCACCUCCAGCGUCAUCCUCAUCUGCACAAAGCAGUGUAAACCCUCCUUCUCAACAACACAGUUCGAGACGGGGAUACUCAAAACCAGCAGAUCCGUUUGGAUUUGGUGGUAUGAUGCUGCCACCCCCUAAUACUGGAGGAGUGAAUCCCCCAGUCCAGAGUGGUGGAAAUCAGAUGCCUCUAUCUCAAGUAAGCGGCAUCCAGAUGCCACAAUCUGAUAAGAUUAUUUCUCCACCACAGUCUGGUGGCUUCCAAAUGUCACAAUCUCAAUCGAGUGGGAUGAUGCCUCCAACACAAUCUAGUAGCAUGCAGAUGCCACCGCCACAAUCUGGUACCAUACAGAUGCCACCACAGCAAUCUAGCAGCAUGCAGAUGCCACCACAGCAAUCUAGCAGCAUGCCACCACAAACCGGUCCAAUUAAAACGCAACAACCAUUUGGAUCUGCACCACCACCAUCUAAGAACAUGGAACAGAAAGUGGCUGAUAAUGUGCUGAUGCCACCUCCUGCCACCGACAUGUACGAGAGGAUAAACCUCAAGAACUCACAAAAGAAACAAGCCUCACCCUCGCUGAACUACAACAAUAUAACCUUUGCCCGACCAAUCGGUCAGAGUGAAAGUUUGAGUAGGAGUUCCAGUAGACCUCCCAGCCGGGGUAGUGAUGACACGAUAGCUCGGUUGAGAGCGGAGUAUGAGGAGAGGAAAAUCAUGCGACGACCCACGCCAGACUCAGUAGCAAAUAUCAGUGGCGGAGGAAUCGGCACACCUCUGAUGAAUUCAACAGCUAGUACCCCAGCACCCAAGAAGUUGAGUACUAUGUCUAUGAAAUCUAUUAGGACUAUGGGAAAUAAGGUGGCUGACCUGGUAGCUGCUCAGGAUUCAUACGAGAAUGUGGUGUUGAAGAGCGGAGGACCAGGUAGUACUUACGAGAACCACGAGCUCUUUGCACCAAAGAAACCCAUCCUCCUCCAAAAUCAACUCCAAGCUUACCGGUUCGAGCCUCACGCAAGGACGCCCGGGGUGAACGAUCCACCUCAGCUCAGGACAGCUAUGCAGAUAGAAGCCACCGCAGGAAUGGCUCAUCUGGAUCCAAUCACAGCUUUGGAUAGAGAUGAUCGGUCCCAGUACGACGAGCGCAGCCGUCAGGAUCCACGUUACGCGUACGAUUACAGAGAUGAUCCUAGAGAUCGUUACAGGAGUGAGUAUGAACGUGAGAGGUACAGGAGAGAGGAGCUGUAUCGUAGAGAGGAGAUGUACCGGCGUGGUAUGAACCCUGAGGAGUAUCACCGGCAAUAUCAGGACAGAUACUACAGAGAUACAGCGGCCAGCAGGAACUACCCUGGUUACAAGUAUGACUACGACAGGAGGGGAUACUAUCCAGACCCACUAUACGAUCGCAGUGAUGAUAUCUCCCGCACAGAAUCCGUCCGAUCUGAUCCUGUUUCGCAGGACAUCACUAAGUCACGUGAUAUUAGGCGCACUCACUCAUCCCCUUCCUCACCCCUACCUUCAUCCAACUACAACUACCACAGUAUGAUGCGUUGGGGUGUCGGGGAGAAGGUUUAUCGUUCCUGCUCCAACUGUGAUACCAAUGAUUAUGAGCAUGAGUUUUUCCAUGCUAACAUCUCCCGAUCACGCCGCAGCUCAUCAAUCAUACUCACCUAUCCCACUUUUAGUGAAACUGACGAAGGAGUUGACCUAUCUGAGCCAAUAAAGGAGGACACGGACGAUCUGCUUAGUACGGACGACUCUAAGUCUAACGUACUUGACGAUAAUCAUGAUGUCGAGGUUGAGCCGGACAAUUCUGAAGAAGUUGAAGAACCAGAAGAAGAAGUUGUGGAAGAAACAGGAACAGCUCUAGCUGACCUCUACACUGCACCUUACUUGUAUACCCAGUGUCACGUGAGAGCCCAAUGUUUUGCUCCUAACAAAUUCCUCUGUGUUGUCCCCAACGAUGAAGACAAUUCCCCCCAUAUCGUGGAAGUUUCUGAUUUUAAGUUAUUGUAUUGGCAAGAACUGAAAGAGAUUGAUGAAUACCCUGGACCAUUUAUAAAGGGUGAAACUCCAAAACGAGAUGUUAUGAACUACUGUAAACGGCAAGCCAACUCGUUGCGGAAGGAGAAAUGUACUGACGAAGGAAAGAUAUUACUUUGGGAACUUUUAGCGUUACUUUGUAAACAAAACGGGGUUGUCAUUGGAACUGACGUUGCAGAGCUACUAUUGGCGGACCAAGACACCGCAACGUCGUACUCUAAAACCAAUAUCGCUGGGUACGACUCAGAGGGACAACUGGUUGAUAUAACCGACGAGCAGAAAACUGAAGCUAUUGAUCAGAUACGAGAAUGCUUGUUUGAAGGUCAGCGUAAAGAAGCUCUAGAAGUAUCCGUGAAAUAUCAGCUGUGGUCUCUGGCCCUGAUGAUCUCCACGACCCUGUCCUCGGAGAUCCAGUCUGACACGAUGCAGCGGUUCUCCAACUCCCUUCACGUGGACGAGCCACUGAAGAGUUUCUCUCAGUUGAUAUCCAGCGUGGAACCCAGCUCUUGUUCUAGUAGCAGUCGGUGGAGACAGCAUUUGGCUAUGAUUCUUAGUAAUCAGAGUGAUAAAUACGAUCCUAACUUUAAUUAUGUGCUGUCUCUUGCUAAUACGCUGGCGAGUGAGGGAAUGGUACACGCGUCCCAUUUCACCAGUCUCAUGGCUGGAUCUAAACUAACUAGUGUCCUGGACAAGACCUCUCCUAUUGCUCUCCUUGGACUGGAUCAUACCAAGGAGCUCCGGAAGUUGCCAUACUCUGCGAUACAACUUACGGAAAUAUACGAGUUUGCUAAGUUACUAGGUGGAGAGCCUUGCAUCGUUCCUUUCCAAGCAGUCAAACUCUUCUACGCUAAAGAGGUCGCUAAAGUUGGACAGUACAGCAAGGCACUACAGUAUUUACAGCAAAUAUCAAACAACAUUAAUCUCUCAGCUAAAUCAUACAGAGCAAGGUUUAUAAUGCGAGUAUACGAAGAGUGUAUAAGAAUGGUACACCUGCUACACCGACCUAUGCCUGACUGGGUGGAACAUCUUAGAGAUACUCUCACUAACAGGAACCUAGGUAUAAGUAACAGGAGCACGGCGUACUCUAGUCGUGUGGCAACCCCCGACAUCCAGCGUGUAGCACAGUACCUCUUACACAAGCAGAAACAAACUGUCCCUGCUUCACAGCUUGCGGAGCACCCUGCUUCACAGCUUUCGGAGCAGCCUGCUGAACAGCUAUCUGCUGAACAGCCCGCUUCUCAACAGUCGACUGAAUCGCUCGAGACGCAACAGCAGAAUGCAAAGCACCAGGAACUGUUAGAUAACGGGCUAGUGUUUGAUGGGCAAGUCUACAGACACACCAUGUACCCAGGUUAUGUUUACUACGAAGGAGAAUGGUAUCCAGAUACCACACAACAGGACACUACACAACAAACCGCUGAUACUUCUACUCAUCAAUACGAUCAAAGUGGUCAGUAUACUCAGACUGGGGGGCAGUACGACCAAACAGGACAAAUGGACCAGAGCGGACAACUGAAUCAAAGUGGGCAACUAAAUGAAAGCGGACAUUAUGAGAACGAUGUAUCGUCUAGCGAACAGCAGCAUUAUGAUCCUGAGGGUGCUCCAUAUGAUCCUUCUCAAGCCAGUUACGAUUCCUCUCAGCAGAACAACGAUCAGAGUCAGCAGAACAACGAUCAGAGUCAGCAGAACUACGAUCAGAUUCAUCAGAACUACGACCAAAGUCAGCAGAACUACGACAACACCCAACAAAACUACGACCAAUCUCGGCAGAACUACAACGAUCAAACUCAACCCAGCUAUGAUUCGUCUCAACUCAGCUACGAUCCUUCCAGCCAGUACGAUCCCGCUCAACAACCCGCCUACCCCAGCCAGUACGAGGCAGGUCCUCCACUCAACAGUUCCGAACCUGCUGAUUGUCCCCCACCAACAACUGAAUACUCUUCACCGACCACUGGUUACACCAGUAAUGACGUCACAGCACCAAAUGAUGACGCCACAGAGACAGAUGGUCAGAGCGCGCUGGGAGACAGCUCGUUCAAUAGGGAGAGACAGGAUACCCUCACAAAUGAGGGAGAAGUGGAAGAGGCGGAGGAGGAACCCGCGCCUCCUCCACCGGGCGGCUUUGCUUUCUUCAACCCAUCUCAGUUCAGUGGAGGAAGCUUGAUGGGCCCACCGACAUUGCCACCUUUAGCACCGCCUGCUCCUUCAGAACAACUUUCACCGUACGACGAGGAGAUAAAAACACCUACAAACGACCCGGUUGAAGAAGACGAGGAUAGCUUGUACAGCAAGAAGAAACCAGAAAAGAAGAAAGUGGAAGAGAAGAAAGAAUCCGAACAGUCAACGAGUCUAUUUUCUCGAUUAUUCAAGGGCUCUGGGUCUGGACCGAAGAGCAUGAUCCUUCCUGAUGAUUCGAAACCGGCUAUUCAUUGGGAUGAAGAUCUCAAGAAGUGGGUUGGAGGUUCUGAUGAUGAGGAUGAGGCGCCGCCUCCCCCACCUAUGAGUUCUCUUCCUCCUAUGAGUUCUCUUCCUCCCUCUUCCAGAUCAUCAAUUAGCGGAGCUUCAAACGAUCUGGCUCAUUCAGCUCCGGGUUCUCCUGGUGGCUCUUUUAGGAGGAAACCUGGACGUGGGAGAUUAGGAAAUAGAUACGUCGACGUGGUUAAGGGUCAAGGGAUGACGAAAUCGGCAACAGCCCCCAACUUUAGAUAGCUGCUGUUGAGGUUCUCUCUGGAUACCUCUUAAAUCCCCCUCUCCGCUCUGAUUACAUCUGAUAAACCUUACCUGGUGAACCUUAUCGGAAUUUGGAGAUUUUUUAAAACGGGGAUUUCGUGUUUAAAAAUUAGUGUUUCUAUUGUAAUAAGGACCAUUAAAUUUAGAUUUAAAAGUUUUACCUUAUUUAUUUGAACUGGGAGCUGAAGUCUCUAUUUGGUGUUGACUAUUCGUUUAUCAGAAGAUUUGGAGCUUAAUAAGUUAUUGCCAUUAGAACAAGCAUCGGCUUACGGAUUAAUAGUAUGUGUUUGAAUCUUCAAAAAGUAUAUUUCAAAUUCAAGGUUUUGUUAAGUCCAGGAAUUAUUUAACAUGAUAAAUUAUACGAGUUCUUUUAAUUUAAAUGCAGUCAAUGUUUUACGAUGGACAUAGUCAUACAAAUCAAAAUGCUCCCAAUGCUGUAACUAUAUUGAAUUUUGAUGCUGUUUCGGCGCGUUCCCAGCAACAGAUAUUUUACAUUCGAAUAAAAUGUUAAAAUUUGAAUAUGCUAUGGAACGCUCCGGAGAUGUAGGCUUAGUCUGAAUGCCUCAUAUUUAACUAAAUAGAUUUCCAAGGGUUAUAAUUGUAGUGUAUAGUGAUUAUAGUAUUUACUAUUUAAAUUGAAAACCAUGGGAUUAUCUAAUGAACUGAAUCGUAUUUAGUUUGACUUCGAUCUGGUAAGUUUGAGGUUUUCUAGUCCUUAUUGUUUCGGGCGAAAAAUCUAUUGGAUAAAUGCGAGAUGCGCUUAUGAUAAGAUUUUGAUUUAUGAAAUAAAUUCCGCGGCACAAUGUUGUGGCUGGAUCACAUUAUGUGCGGCGAUAUUGAGUUUUGUGGGAUUGAAGCAAAGUAAUUUGUGAAUUUAUUUUGAUCCAGGAAAUGUCAACUUUUGAGUGCCUUGUACAAAAUGUUUCUACGUUGGGUGUAGAAAUUUUGGAUGAAAUUUAAUAACUUAAUGUGAAAAGUUGAAAUUGAAACGCCCAUAUUUGGACACGGAAAAUUUAGUUGUCUGGUUAAACUUGAAUUGCAACUAUUAUUCAGUUGUGUUAAAUUUAUGUUUACAAUUUUGAUUGUUCUGAUUA